AUGGGCGUUGGCGAAUACAUUCAUGCAAGAGAGGGUGAUCACCAUCAACCUUUCCAGCGAAGCAACACGGAACAGCUGUUCAAGCUUCAACAACAGCAACAGCAACAGCAACAACAAGACAGACAAGCUAAAGAAAGAUCUGGCAGUGGUAUUCAAUAUUCAAGAUUUACGAGACCUUUCUCAUGGCAACAUGAGACCUAUACGCAACAGCUGCAGCAACAACAACAGCAGGAAGAAGAAGAAGAAGCUGCAAAUUACAAGAGCGUCUUUGAUACAGAUGUCGAGGGUGUCGAUGACUCGACAAUAACGGUGACCAGCGUUGCUGCUGGCAACGAUCAUGGCUUUGAGAUUUUCGGCAACCGCCACGUUAACUCUAUCAAUUGGAAUGAUAGUGUGCCCUCCGAGUCCGACCAGCCUGUCGAAGACCAGGUUGAAAUAGACGAAGAAUUUGGCAAACAUUCUCCCGUCUCCUUAAUAGGAGGCGACGAGGCCAAUGCGAAAAAGAAAGUGACUGAUACAUUGGACUGGGUCCAAUAUCAAGUUUCUCAACAGUCCACGACAGGAAACGAUACCCCGGCCUCGAAGAGAAAAUCUCUAAUAGGUCAACGAACAGACCAGUCCAGGAUACCCAUGGCAUCUUCUCGAAUGGCGCUGAACCGCAGCGACAGUGACCCGGUACCCCGUUUUUCUUCUGCCACUGACGAAGAAACCAAGAUGGCUCAGAUGGCCGCAACUCAUCGUCGCAAUAAUUUGUCACGCAGUUUGGCGACGACGCCGAAUAAUCGGUUCAAUUUCAAGACUGAGCGGCCAUACGAGCGCCUCAUUCAACAAACGCAGCAGGAGCAGGAGCAGUCUCCUACCCGUCGGGCUAGUGGUCCACGGCCACAGCCUCCUGAGCGGCAAAGCUCGUCAAAGCCGACGGGUCUUUUUAAGAGAGAUCAAGCGAAGAACAGAGAGCGGGGGGAGUCAUCAUUCAACUACUAUGACAGCUUCCUCGACAAUAAUCGAAUCAGGAGUACUCUAGACGCAACUGAUGACGAAGGAUUCGAAGACGACACACUCAGUAGUAUCAACAUACCAUCGCCACCACCGAUAAAGAAGACACAUCAAAAACUACCGGCAACAACAACACCAGCAGUAGCUCUCUCACUCUCAGAUUUCGACCACGAUCACGAUCACGACCAAAAGUUUGAAUCCGACUAUCCCGACGAGAUCCUUCAACAAAUGCAGUACUCUCAGCUGGAAAAGGAGUCCUUUGACCACACGCCAACGCCGCCAGCAAUCACAACCCCUAAAGAGCCAACUACCUCACAAAAGACCCCCUCAGAUGAUGCCAAAACCGCCAGCGAAAAGUUAUCCUUUGUAUUAAACUCCCUCCCCAUUGAGGAAGACCGUCAUCGAUAUCUAUCGUCCAUGACACUGCCCGAAUGGGAGGAAUUCGGCGACGAGCUAAUCGGCCGACUUGGCGACAUGAUGAGCAAGAUCAAAGACGCGCGCCAUGCUCGUCGAAAGACGACUGCCGUAUUCGAGGCGGAAAUCAAGCGGAGACAUGAGGAUGUUCAGAAGAGAGAUCGAGAGCUUGAUAGGAAACUUGGCGAUAUGAAACAGGGUGGGAUGGGUGUGUUGAAGGGGCUGAAACCGAAAUGA